AUGCGCCCAUUUGAAGGUGCCGACUCGACUUUCAAGUGGGGCAGCAUCACGUAUCAAGAUUUCGCCGACGCCGUGUUCGCCGCAGCUGCUCAUUGGCGCAAAGAGCUGUCGGAACAGGGCCUUCAACCCGGCGACACUGUUGGGAUGUGGCUGAAGGGAUCGCACUGGACCGAUCUUGCACACAUCUACGCCGUGUCGGCGGCAGGCUAUGUCCCCGAAGUCUUUGGUCAAGCAUUCUCCGCCCUGUUCGUGCACGACCUUCUAGAGUUACACCAUGCGCAGGUCGUAAUCGUGGACGACUCGUUCAAGAGCCUUGUGGCAGACUUCCGCUUGUUAGGCUCUGCCAUCGGGGUACUCUCCCUCCCAACUCUCGCCUCCCUCUCUCCCGCCCAGGAGCUUUCUGCACUACUUCCAGACGUACAGGGGGACGACGUUGCGAUGAUCUUCCACACGAGCGGUACCACGGGCGGACGCCCGAAGCCCGUCCCGCAGACCCACCGCUGGCUCGUCGCGGAAGCGGAAGUCACCUGGAAAGGUGUGAUUCAGGUGCACCCCGACGGCCAACACGUCUUCAACAACAUCGGCAGCUUCUCAUCCAUAGGCGCCGCUUCAUGUGUCACAUUCAUGGCGUGGUCGGGCGCGUGCCUGACUCAGAGCUCGGGGCGCGAGAUCACGCCGGACGAGUUCCUGGGCAUGGUGCGGGAGUGCGGCUUGAACUUCCUGCUCCAGUACGCACCCUGGAUGGCGAAGCUGAUCAAGGCCGCGCGGGACCGCGCGGAUAUUUUCGACGCCCUGCGCGGCCUGCGCCAGAUAGCAUACACCGGCGCCACGCUCGAUCCUGCAGACGAGAAGUGGGCGCUCGAGCACGGCGUCCCGCUCACGCCAAUGUACGCGAACACCGAGUGCGGUCCACUGAUGGUCGCUCGCUUGAGCUCUGGCAACUCGUAUCUCCAGCCGAUCGCGCACGCGAAGGGCAAGCUCGUCCCCGCUGGAGGGGAAGGCAAAGCAUCCGCCACCGGGGCGCUGCAGCUGUACGACUUCUACAUCGGCGCGGAGUCCGCAACGUGCCCGCACACGUCCAUCCGUAAUCGCCCGGACGGACAUGUUACGGGGGACCUGUUCGAGGAGGUCGAGCCUGGAUGUUACGUUUUCCGUGGGCGCAGCGACGACUGGAUUCGCACUGGCGGCAAUCCGGCAUUCUGCGACACGAAGGCCAUCGAAGAGAACGUGAUGAAGACGUGCGGGGACCUCGUCCACAGCUGCGUCGUGAUCGGUCACCAGCGUGUUUGUCCUUUGCUUGUCGUGGAGCUCCUGGCAUCAGGCAUCGACGCGGCCGACGACCCCACGCACACGGCUGUACGGAACGAGAUCCUGGAGCGUACCGCGGCGUUCAACUCGCGUCUGUUCCCUCAUGAGAAGAUUACCAACCCCCGAUGCAUUCUUGUCGUUCCCGAGGGCUCUCUUCCGCGGACCACUGAGAAAGGAAACGUCAGGAGGAAAGCGACGGAGCAGCAGUUCCAGGACAAAGUGGACGCGAUUUAUGCGUCUUUGGUGUAA